CUCAGCUUAUCUUCGCUCUCAUGUUGUUUUCCGCCCGAAGAAGUGGCGGUAGCCGUACUGCUCCUGGUUCUUUCUCCCAGGAUAUAUUAUUUUCUCUGUGGGCCUCGAUGUAGAAUCAGAUCCGUGCCGGAGCCGAGGCUUCUUAAACGACCGUCUGCAGGUAAAUCCGGAGUUGCACUUUUUAGUUGUGUCAAGCUUCUCUCUGGUGCGUUCCGCGACGGAUCGGACUUCUCGGCUAUAUGAUACUACCUGGACUCACCUUCUACGACUGACGGCUGGACGCUCCCCACUUUUCCUCCCUUCGAUCGGGGAGUCCUAGGAUACUGUCCCGUCCUUGUCAUCGUUUUCGGACACGACAUCUCGAUGCUUGACGCCCCUGCUUCUCAUUCGAAUUUUUUUCUCUUCCUGACUACUCACCACUACUAUGUCUGACAAUGUGUCGUCUACUGAACAAAUAUUGUUUCACAAUUACCUGCACAUGAUCGCUAUGUCUUUCGUGUACUGGGACCAUUUCAUUACCUUCGACAUUGAGAUUGAGUAUCUAUGGAAGCAGCCCAAAACACCCAGUGCUCGAUUGUUCUUUCUGAACAGAUAUCUCGCAUUUUUUGGGAACAUAUGCGUGACAGUGCUUUCGUUCACAACAUUAUCUAUGACGGUCUGUGGACACUACAACUUGGUCCGCCAAGCGCUGCUAAUCAUCAGCCAAAUUAUUGUUUGCAUUCUUUUAACGAUGCGAAUAUACGCUAUUUAUGCGUGUAACCUGCGUAUUCUCUGUUAUAUGGUGGCGAGUGCCGUCAUUCUGGCCGGCGUUUCCUGCUGGUCUCUCUUCGGUCAAAAACAUGUCGACUUCAAGCCUUCGUCUGGUUGUCACAUUGGUUUGGACCGAGAUACCGCCAUCCGAAUAGCGUCGGCGUGGGAGGCCCUCUUCAUAUACGAUACCAUUCUCUUCAGUCUGACGCUCUUUAAAACGUACAAAGAGCGACGGAACCGUGUUACGCCUGACAUUCUAUCCCUUAUCCUUCGAGAUGGCGCUAUAUAUUUCGCCGUCAUGGCCCUUGCUAAUUUAUCUAAUAUUAUUACAUUUUACUUAGCUCCACCGUUUCUCCGUGGAUCUCUCUCAUCGUUUGCCAGCUGGUGUGUUUUCAUGAUUUGUCAUGCAUCAAAGCUAAUAACGGCCCAAGCAUUUCUGUGACCAUGAUGUCUCGGCUCAUGUUGAAUCUGCAUCAGACGGCGACUGUUGGAAUAUUCUCCGCAGGCUUUCCCACAAAUGACCUAACAUUUCGAACAAUUCAGACUGCCACCGUUCGGUCCGAUGAAGACGAUAC